AUGGACGAGACAGUGCCUAUACCCGUAUGGUCCACUGUGCGCAUAAUUAUCCUCCAGAUCCCGCCGUAUCGACUCUUCCUCUUCCCUUUCAUGGCCGGGGCGGUCUGGUUCCUGACUCUGUCUGCUCUGCUUAUCACCUGGCUUGCAAGGGGGGCACCGCGAUAUCCGGGUCAGAGUAAUCCUUAUAUUGCAUUCAUAUCCGACAUCGCAUCCUUCGAACUAAAACCUCUCUUCCUCGUCGGCACAUCCAUCACCGCAGUCUGUUUCAUCGUCUCCGUUGCUGCCGUCCAUGUCGUGCGAUACGAAUACUUCCCUCCUCCCAUCUAUCCGCCCAACAACAACACCAACAAUCCACCAACAACCAAUAACCGAACCCAUGAAGAAGACGACGAGGACGAAGAAGCCGACCUUUCAGGGACUAACCUGACCAAAUCACGCGCUGCCAUCUCCCUCGUCUCGCUCGUAGCAGCCAUUAUCGCUGCAAUGGGUCUCAUCCUUCUCGGUGUGAUGGACACUUUCCGAUAUCACCAGGCGCAUAGCGUUCUUCUAAAGAUAUGUUUCGCCGCCUUGGCCCUCACAGCUGCGGGGACGGUGGUCGUGUAUGCAGAGGAAGUGGUUUCGUUUCUAGCGAGAUGGGAAGGUGAUGAGGAGGAUAAGCGGACGAGGAGGUGGUUACGAUUUUGCACACUCGCAUCCGCAUUUCUUGUCAUCCUCGAAUUCGGUCUCGGUAUGGCAUUUAUCAUACUCUCCGCACAAACAUGUUGGUAUAUCGCAGGGAUCAUCGAAUGGGUCAUGGCAUUUCUAGGAACAGGAUACAUGGGUUUAUUCGCGGGAUUCUUUGUUGGUAUCCAAGAAGAGACGAGAAAACACACAGUACGACAACCUGGGCGAGGACGAGAAAGUAUGGAUCAUAAUGUCGAGGAUAUGGAUGAGCGGGAACGCAUGCCGUUGUUAUCGGAGGGGAGGUUGGAGUGGACCGGGUUGUCGCAUUGA